UGAAAGGUUCGGGCACGGUAUCGGGCUUCGAAACACAUGCAGCACGGAAGCGCCUAGUUACAUCGCCGGCCGAUUGCUGGUGGCAUAGCUUUUUUUGGACACUAAACCAGCUGCUAGACUAGAUUAGCCCUGGACUGGGACCGGAUGAUUAAUAUUGCGUAAUGGUUUUUAGUAGUAAAAUGCGUUCGUGCCGGAUGCCUGCACUCCAAAUCAAGGUUUGUCCUAGCCUUUGCGAUAAACACGCUUAGUAGUACCGUUGCUUUGCGGUGAUGCCAACGUCCUAUAAAACUCAGAUGUAUCUCCUGGAUCACCACGCUAGGCUCUUGCAUUCCCGUCCCUCCCCUGCACCGUUCGGAAUCACGAAAAGUAAUGUCCAAGGAACUUAACCUGGCCACACCUUCUGGCAAGGAACUUGGCCGUUCACUGAGUAACAUCGAGACGGUAAAGGACCAUGACGCCCAGCGUAGUCGUUUGCGCUCCAUUUUUAUAGUCAUCACUUGUACCGCUGCAAUGGUUGUUAAUAUAUCUAAUACCACCUCUGUUUCGAUUUCACUUCCAACAAUCGAGAAGGACCUAGCUAUUGAGGAAGAACAGCUUCAGUGGCUCGUAUCCGCCUAUUCUCUCAGUUCUGGUUGCCUUCUCCUGUUUUUUGGAAGAUUGGCGGAUCUUUAUGGACGAAAAAAGGCAUUCAUGGUUGGUACUCUCUGUCAGAUUGCCUUUUCUCUCGGUUGUGGCUUUGCAAAAGAUGGUCUUACUCUCGCUGUCCUCCGUGGCUUCCAAGGUGUUGGAGGCGCCGCUACAAUACCGUCCUCACUUGGUAUCCUAGCCCAUGCGUUCCCUCCGUCAAGAGCACGUUCAAUAGCAUUCGCUACCUUUGCAGCGGGUGCUCCUGUGGGUGGCGCAUUUGGCACGAUCAUCGGCGGUGUCCUGACUCAACUCACCUCAUCACAUUGGCGCGCUGUAUUUUAUAUGGCUGCGGCAACUUCAGCCGUAAUUGGAGUUUCGGGUCUAAUUUCAUUCGAUGCUGACGUUCCCUCAUCGGAACUUGUCAAACGUGUCGACUGGAUCGGCGCUUCGCUCGUCACAAUUGGCUUGGUUUUGAUUGUAUUCGUACUUGGUCAAGGAGAAAUCGCCUCCGACGGCUGGAAAACCCCUUAUAUUAUCGUGCUCCUUAUUCUCGGAGUUAUCAUGGUUGGACUAUUCUUGGCUUGGGAGUGGAGGCUAGAACAAAUCAUUGACGACGAUCCAUCAAGAGCGACAUCUAUGUGGACGCCACCACCACUCAUGAGGCUCUCGCUCUGGAGUCGGGCCAAGGGCCGGAUGGCCGUUGUCCUUGUCAUCGCGUUCUUAAAUUGGAGUGCUUUCAUUGGCUGGAGCUUCUGGGUUCAGUUGUAUUAUCAGAACUACCUGCUAUUGACACCGGUGAACACUAUGAUCCGAUUCAUUCCCAUGUUCGUUGUCGGUUGUUUAUGCAACUUUUUCGUGGCGAUGGUCGUUGCCAAAUUGCCCUUGGUCAUCUUUGUAGGCAACGGAACUCUCUUGACAGCAACGGCCGCCAUCUUAUUUGCCCUAAUUGACCCGUCUGCAACAUACUGGGCCUUCGGCUUCCCAUCCACGGUUCUUAUCGUGUUCGGCGCCGACUUCGUAUACUCCUCCGGUACAAUUUUCAUUGCCAAAACCUCGCUCCCACAUGAACACAGCGUGGCUGGAGCGCUAUUCCAAACUAUGACACAGGCAAGUCCCCGUGAAACAACCAACGCUAUCGGCACCGCAUUCGGUCUAACUAUAACCACAAUUGUGUUCAACACUGUGGUUGAUAGGGAAUCUGCCAAACUCGGCGUCACUGUAAACUCCAGCGGCACCAAUGCGCCCAUGUCUGCACAACUCGUGGGGUAUAAAGAUGCGCAAUGGACCUCUGCCGCGUUUGCCCUUAUGGCCGCGCUGCUGGCAGCGCUUUUCCUCCGCACUGUUGGUAUCGUCGGACACAACAAGGUCAUUAGGCAUGUUGAUUCCGAUCAGACCAUGGCUGCGCAUGCUGUGUCUAACGACGCUGUGAUACCGGCUAUGUCCAACUAA